CAAACGAGAGAAUGAAUAAAAACAUGGCAGUAAGCCACGUACUUACUGUCUUUUUACAAAUUUCUCUCGUGUUUUUAAAUAUAUUUUAUAUUAUUUCUGCCAAGAAAUGUGCAGAUAUACAGUGCAAAGGUUAGUGCUUUUUACAUAUUUUUAAUAUUGCUCGAAUUUUGUAGUGAACUAUAUUUUAUGCGUCUUUCGAAUUGUCAUCCUUUAUAAAUAGGUGUUGCAAAUAUUAAAUAUAUAUUAUAAUUAAUCUUGAAUUAUUCUAUAUGAUUGAUACAAUAGUGUUUCGGUUGACUUUCAGUUUUACUGGGUUUAACGUAACUACUUUAAUUUAAUACUGGAAUUUUCGUCCAAUCGGGUAUCCCACUGAGACAUAUAAUAAUAAAAUAAAUUUGUGCACCAAAUUAAUUGUAUUAAUACAUUCGAAAUAUUCUAUUAGCAGAGACAUUGGGGCAGGCGGAAAAUUAAAUCGAUACUUAUAAGCAUUUGGAAUUGUGGAGAAGUUUUGUUUGCUCUUGUGUCUGCUGACAAUAAGCACUUGAAAAUUUAAUAUAAAUUAGGUUAUAGAGUUUUCAAAUUUCAUUUUAGUUAAAAGGCAGUCAACAAGUUACAAGCAGUUUUUGUCUUGCUAUUGUGGAAUUGUUUUCUCAUUGUUUUGAGCCCUUACCUCAUCUGAGUUUGCCAUAAAACAACAAUGUGAAAUGAGUCUGCAAUUGGAGGACAAAAUUUAUUGUUGAUAGCUUUCCAAUCUCAAAGCUGACCCAAGGCAAUGACCCUUUCAAUGUUUUGUAAUAUUAGCAUUGCUUAAUUGAAAUGUCUCCUGGAUAAUUAAAAGCCUGCUGCUACAUAGAUGGAUAAACUUUGUUUGCAAAUUUUAUGUUAAAUUGCCUGCCAGUAUGCGUGGUCAAGUAAUUUUGAAUAAUCUUGCAAUGUAACAGCACAAUUCAAGUGUGGUAAGGCAUGCGACAUAGCAUGUGCAUGCCUAUUGGCAGGCAAACAAAUGUGCAUUUCGGGCGCAAAAUCAAAACAAUGUUUACCUGUCUAUAAUAUGCACAAAGUCUGUUAUUGCCUUGUUAUCUCAAAUUAGUACAAUUUCAGUAUUGACAAAUGGCCUUUGAGCAUUCUGAUUGGCUCCCUCAGCAGUAACUCUGAGGCAAUAGUUACUGCUCUGAGCAGUAACUAUUGGUUUUCCAAAAAUAUGGCUGAAAAUCAGAUGCAAGUAAAUUCUUUAUGCAAAUUAUAUUAAUAAAAUAAACAUGUGUAUUAGUUGUAUUUAUAAAUAAAACUGAGAUUAUACUAAAACAAUUACUUGCCUCAGGCUCCAUGAUUACAAGUCUAUAUGCACUUCGCAUUGCUCCAAUUAUGGGAACCCCUUAAUUACAUAAAACAUUAACAUUAAUAAUGAACGAUAUAGAAUGUAUAACAAACUUACAAAAUGACAUCAGACAACUAGCAACAUCUUAGAGACCCGGUGCUAUUACAUUUAACACAAUACAUGUAGAUUUCCAUGUAUGAGGAUUGUCACAUAGCAUAGCACAUUCAUAUAAGAACUCUUUAGUCCUGAUUUAAAAGCAUGCAGUCCAAUAUUUUUAUGACGAAAGUCAUUAAGUUGCAUCGCAUGCCAAUGUGCCCUACUUUAAUAAUUAUUAUUUUACUCUACUUUAAUAAUUAUUAUUCUACUGUCUAACACCAGACUAUUUUACUUGUCAGGGGAAGAGUGCUGGCACUCAUUGGGUUUAUAUUGGGUUAAAUAUCUUAGUAUCUGUAAUAUAUAUAUGUAUAUAUAUAUAUAGUUUUUUAAUUCUAACAAAUUUUCUUAUAUCUAGGUCCAAUAUCAAUAGCCAUUGCACUUAAAGAUCAUGAAUCUUUUGGUGAAAAUUAUUUACGUUUUAAGAAAGGAGAUAAACUCACUAUCUACAGUAAAUAUGUUGGAGGUGAUAACUCAGUCUGGCAAGGAAGUCUGGUAUGAAGAAUUUUUAUUUUGUCAAAUCUAGAUAUUCUAAUUAUUCUCUGCAGCAGAUUGUGGUGAAUUGUGGGCAGUUAUCAGAGGGAGGCAAUAAUGCUAAUUAUUUCCAUUACAAUAGUUGUCUUGUAUUUUGUGGAGGCAUUAUUGAUAACUGACGUUCACCUCAAUCUGUUGCUUUCUAAUUCUUAUUAGGGGUGCACCGGAACUCGGUUCCGGCCGGUUAGUUCCGGCCGGAACCCCGAUUUUUUAGAGUUCCGGUUCCGGCCGGAACUAGUAAAAAAAGCAUGGCCGGAACCGGAACUCUGUUGUUUUCAGAGAGAUAGAAUAUCAAACGUUUUUGUGUCUAACAAAAGGUCACAGUAGGAAGAAAAUUGGACUACGCAAGGGAAAUGCACACUACUAACAUUUCAUUAUGACGUUUAACGUUUGUCAAUCUUUUUAUUCUAACAUUUGCGAGCUCUCCCCUUUAUGACUUGAAGUGUCUGCCAGCGGACAAAGUAACAUAUGACUAUAUAUGGCUUAAUAAAUUAGUUCCGGUUCCGGCCGGAACUUCCGGUCGGAACUUUUUUCCAGUUCCGGUCGGAUCCGGUUCCGGCCGGAACUUAAAAAACUGGUUCCGGUGCACCCCUAAUUCUUAUUGAAAUACAAAUAUUAUGGUCUGGUACUCCAUUUUUUUCUAGUCAAGUACCAUGUAGGUAUGAACUUACUAUGCACCACUCUGCAUACUUGCCCAAGCCCAAGGUAUUCAAAACAAUAUUAAUGUGGUAUACAGUAUGUGUAAAUCUGGCAUGUCUUGGCAUGAAACAUGAUUGGACUGGUGGGCCAAAGGAAUGUUGGAGAGGAUAAUUGUAGUGUCUAUAUUAGGUUUGGGCGGUUUACCGGUUUUUCGUUUUUUUCCGGUUUUAUUUUCAAACCGGUUUUUUCGGUUUAGCUUUUACAAAAACCGGAAAACCGUCAUUACGAAAUUGUUUACUGUCAACGCCCGAAACUCGAUCCUAAUUCUCAAAACAUGACACUAAUUAAACACAAUUACAUGACACUAGAUACAAAUUAUAUUCUUUUUCUGUAAAGUCGGUAAGAACUAAAGAGGUAUAAGUUUUCAAAUGCGUUCUUGACCCUUUUAUUUUAAAACCGAACUCGUUUUAGGUUACCUUUACACAAUUUUGCGUUUUGUCAUGUUCUGUUCGUUUGUGCUUAUGUCAAAAAAAUACCAUAAUUCCCUCUCAUUCAGUUGAAAUACAAAUUAAAGGGAAAAACCGGUUUUCCAGUUUUACCGGUUUAGAAUCAGACGGUUUUUCGGUUUUGAUUUUAAGCAAAACCGCCCAAGCCUAGUCUAUAUAUGCAAUUGCGAUCCUUCAUAGUUUCAGGUUGCCAAAUGAACACUUUUCAGAAAAUGUACUUUAUGUACUUCAUUUGGAUGUCUCUAUCUGAGACAUGAUCUCACAUAGACAAUUUAUGGUCAAAAUAGAACAAGAGGGUCUAUUGCAGAAUGCUAAACUAGACAACAACAUAUUAGUAUAGAUAGAUUUAUUUGAACUUGUUCUUAUUUAUCAUAGAUAGGAUGCCCAUAAUGAAAAUUACUGGGAAACCAGUAAUGUAUGUUAGCCUCAUUAAAUAAAGUAUUAUUAUUAUUAUUAUUUUAAAGACUAAGUAGACCUUGAGUCUUACAUUUUUACCAGCUUAGGUAUGCGUCAAUAACCAUCGGGCUACCAGUCAUGUAUAGAUAGAUAGAUAGAUAGAUAAACUUUAUUUAAACACGCUGACCCCGUCAACCGAAGCUGAUUUCCACGAGGGGCGUGCGAAAAGUAUACAGAAAAGAAUUUUAAAACUAUUUACAAAAUUAUAUAAGAUAUAUAGUAUUAUAUGAACUAACAAACUAAGGUAGUAAUCUAUAUACAGAUAAUAUUAACAUCUAUGUUAAUUAGCUAUCAAUCAAUGUGAGUAGUGAUUUUCUUUCGAAAGGAAGAAAAGGAUUUGCUCUCUCUUAUUUCUUUAGGAAUAGAAUUCCAAAGGUGUGCUCCGUCAUACACAAAACUUUUUUUCAUAUUAUUAGUACGCGGUUGUGGUAAACAAAGACUACUUGAAAUGUUCCGAAGUUUGUAGUUUGUCACCUCACCCUUAUAUGUGAAGAGAUUACUGAGUGAUUUGGGUCCCAUUUUAUUCAAUAAUUUGUACAUGAUUUUUGCGUUACUUUUCUUCCUUUCUGUUUUAAGUGGCUUCCAACCCAAUGCUUGCAAUGCAACAGAGUGAUCUAUGUCAUUGCUCAUAUUCAAAAUAAUCCGAGCAGCUCUGUUUUGUAGUUUUUGGAGUCUUUUUGAUUGCGUUUCUCCAAACACAUCCCAUACUUCACAGCAGUAAUCGAAGUAUGGGCGAACAAUAGCAUUAUAUACAGAAAGAAGUGUUUGCUUAUCAGUAAAUUCUUUUAAACGUCUAAGAGCCGAUAUUCCAGAUGUAAUUUUCUUGCAAAUAUUCUCAGUGUUAGUUUUCCAAGAUAAAUGCUGGUCAAUUGUCACUCCAAGAGUUUUGGAUUCAUAAACUUGUUUAAUUGACUCGUUUUCAAUUUUCACAUUUAGUUGCAAAUUUGAAAUAUUUUUUAUCAUAUCAUAUUGAAAUAUUUUUUAUUAUAUCAUAUUGAAAUAUUUUUUAUCAUAUCAUAUUGAAAUAUUUUUUAUCAUAUCAUAUUUUAUCAUAUUGUUUGUAAUUACUGCACCCUGAUUGAUAUUGCAAAAUGCCAUGUUUACAGGGAGGGACUCCAGCCAGGUUUCUUAAAAGUGAUUUUGUUGAAGAAAAGACAAAAAUUGUUGAUGAAGAUAAAUUGGUUGACCUAGCAUCAGACACCGAGGUAAGUCGUAUCCGUAACAAGGUAUUUUUGACUUAUUCAGUAGCCUCCAGUCGUAGCCACCCAUCCAAGUCCAAAAACACUUGUAAUUGAUAAUUUUUCAUAAUUUUCAAAACAUUAGGGUCAUGUAAAAGCUCCAGUGAAUGAAGGCCAGCUACCAGAAGAAUCUCAACAACAUGCAGAUGAAAUGCAUGAAGAAGCAAGCAAGGAUGAAAGUGUAACCAAUAGUUUGGGGAAUCCUGAUGUUUCCAGUGAUUCUCCUGUAUUAACAUCAAGCACUGAUGAUCACAUCCAAGCUGAACACAAACAUCCCACUAACGAGGAUGCUAACAAGGCUGCUAAAGAACCUCCUAACGAGGUUGCUGAUGAAGCAGCUAAUGAGGGUAAAGACAACAGGGAACAUAGUCAGGAUAAACUGACAAAUGACAAUGAAAGGACAGUCCAGGAUUCUGAACCAGUAAAUAACGACCCUAAAAUUGGGGAUGAAAGUCAAGUUCCAGAUGACGAUAAUAAUGAUCAUCAAGAAACAAUGGAGGAUAACGACGAGGGUGUUGAUGAUAGAACUGAGAGAACUCGGGUCUAUACUGAUCCAAAUGGUGUUCAGUAUGACAUGAGAAUUGAAUAUUCAAAUCCUCAAGAUGAAGAGAGCAAUGAUGAUGUUAAAGUUGUUGGAGCAGCAGAGCAAGAACAGCCCCACAGUGGUGAAGAUGAUCCAGCUGGGAAAGUGGAUGAAGACAAGGUAGAAAGCAGGCCCAUAACUAGGAUUUUAGAGCCGAGCACCUUUCAGAAAUUGAGCUUACCUGUAGAAAAAAGCUUACCUAUAGAAAAAAGCUUACCUAUAGAAACGCAAUUUCCUGCAUUCUGAGAGCAGUUUUAUAAACAGUGACACAGGUGCAUAAAAAACCCUGCUAACCCACACUUCUGUUAUUGAGGUGUUAUAAACUAGUGCCCUCUUAUCCGGGUGGAAGGGUGUACAGCCCCUGAAAAUAUACACCCCCUUACUUUAUUAUAUGUCUGUGCAGGGAAAUGGUCAAGAUCUGAAUGCCGAAACACCAGGAAGUGAUCAAGAAACAAAGACGGUGAAAAAGGAAGGAUUUUUCAGCAGCAUUGGGAACAUUGUAUCAGAUUUCACAGAAAAUAUCAUCAAAGAUUUUCAAGGUGAAGAGGAACGAAGUGGUAAGAUUUCAGUUUCAAACUUUCCCAGUAUAAAGAUACGCAUGAAGCCACUUAUAGUGAUUGAUUUAAAACACGAAAACAUGUGUUGAGGUGUAUGAUAAAUGAGUUCAAGUAUAAGAUAUAACUUCUCAAACAAACUAGCAUUUGAAGAGAAAUUUAAGAUUUAUCUUUACAACAAUAGACAAUUCCCGUUAUAGACUAAUUUUAAAAUUAGGUAAGGAAACUCAAAUAAAUCACCACAGCUAGAAAGAGCAUACUAAAAUUAGUAAAAUUACAAAGUUUGGUUGCGAAAUGUUGUAAAAUGAGGAAAGUAUAGCCUUGCAAAGUUCGCAAAUUUUGUAUACUUUUGUAUUGCUUGCGGAAAUUCCUACCACAUUCCUACCACAUUUAGGCCGAAAAUGUCGCACGCAAUACAAAAGUAUACAAAAUUUGCAAACUUUGUAAGGCUAUAUUUUCCAAAUUUUACAACAUUUCGCAACCAAAUUUUUUAAUUUUACUAAUUUUAGUAUGCUCUUUCUAGCUGUGGUGAUUUUAUUUGCAUCUCCUUGCCUAGUUUUAAAAUUAGUCUAUAAUGGGAAUUGUCUAUUGUGAUAUUACUUUAUUUUCUGUGCCUAUGCUAAUCCACCCUGUCGACUUUCCCCGUGGAAGGAAACCGGAGCACCCGGAGAAAACCCACGACUUUCGGCAGAGCGUUGACAGAUUCUAUUCACAAUAGUCCGCACAUGAGUCCGUAGCGAGAAUCGAAUCCACGAUCACAGAGGUGGAAGGCGCUUGCUAUGGCGACUGCUGGAGUGGAUUAUAAUCUCUAACUUAUUUUCUGCUAGACAAAGAGACGAAUAGCAACCUGGAACAAGAAAGAGAAGACCCGGUAAACAGUGAAAAAACUGAGGAGGAAAAAGCUGACGAGAAACAGGAUAUUAAAAUAGACAGUAGAGAGGAUGGAUCAAACACGAAGCCAUCAGGAUUCAAAGGAUUUCAAGAACGAUUUCAGCAAUUGAAAGCAGCACGACUUGAAAAGAUGAAAGACGACACCGCACGAAAAGAAGCGAGCGUCUCGCCUGCUGUAGAUGAAGAAGAAAUACUGAAAAGAGAAGCAAAGCGAACGGUUGAGGAAAUUCCAGGAUUAAUGAAAGAAGAAAAGAAUGAGGGAGGUGAAGUUGCUAGUGAGGGAGUCAAGAAUGAGGAAAUGAUAUCUCGGGAAAGUGGUGAUAAAACUGGAAGUCAAAAACCUACUGCUAAACAAUACUCAGAUAAAGGUAAACAACCCUUCACAUUAUAGUUGUUUUUGAAACCGCAGUUGCUGAUACCUGUCAGCUUAAAAAUAUAUGCAUUCCGAUGUUACGACCAUAUGGGAACUACACUUAACUACUGGAUAUCCCUAUCAUUUCUAAAUGUUUUCCUUGGAGUCUAGUAUGGGCUGUCACAUAGUAGGAAAACUUCGGAUUGAUAGGGAUACAAUUACAUGACAAAAUAAUUGUAGUAACCACUGUGCCAUCACUUUCUCUCUGUGUUUUUAUCUUGCAGUGUUGUGUAGAUCCGUGCCUGUUGAAAACCGGGAUAUAUGCAUGGCAAGUGGGAGUAGAGAGAAAUGUUUGAAGGAUAACUGUUGUUUUGACGAGACUGCUGAACCUGCAAGACAAUGUUUCUUUAAACCAAGUGCCCCAGGUAAACAACUACUGUCCUUUAAUGUCCAUCGAAAGACAAAUAGAAAAUUUAUCUAAAUUACUUGCCUCCACUGUACAAGACUAAUACAUAAAAUUAAAUGGAGUCACAUCACUUUUUCACUGUGGAAAUUGUACAAUCACAAAUACAAUCUAUCCCACAUUCUUUAAUGCAGUACUUCUAUUUUAUAACAGAGUCUGGUUUCACUGAAGAAGAAUUACAAGAAUUACUUUCGGACGAAGAAGAAAAAUCGGACGAAGGUAACGAGGCGGCCGUGAAAACAGAUAAAGACAGUUCAGAAAGCAGCGAAUCUGAAAAGUCGAGCAUUGGUGAACAAGCAGACAAAACUGCAGAUGUCUCUGGUGAGACAAAGGAAUUGAAAGAUGUUGAAUUAGACGAUGGGAGGAAGUCAGAAACUGUUGAUAAAAGUGAUGAUGAAAGUGAGAACGGUGAUGAAACAAAAGUUAUAGGAACUGAAGUGGACGCUGAUAAAAAUAUAGACUCAGUUCAAAAAGCUAGUAGUGCCGUAGGCAAAUCUGAGAGUUUAGAUGAAGUGAAUAAAUCUUCGCCAAAGGUUUCAUCAUCGGAGAAAAGCGAUACAGCCGAAACUGUUGAUAGUACAGCCAGUAGGAAACAGGCUGAAGGAAUGUUGUCUGAGGCGAGAGACAGUGAUGAUGAUAAACAAGAGGAAAUUGAUGACAAUGACCCAAAAGAUGAAAUGAUUGAAGAGAAGCCAAUAAGUGGUUCAGAUACCAGUAAAGAUGAUGCCAUUAUAGACACACAGGAGUCCUCAGAUGUCAGUAUUGAUUCAAGCAAUGAAACAGCAAGUGUUGACUCCAAAGAAAAACUUCAGGAUGAAUCUGAUGAUGAAGGUGUAAGUGGACUUUCGACUAGUGGUUCUAGUGCCAGUAUAGAAAAAGAAGAAUCUUUGAUGGGAGGUGUUACUGAAUCAGGAGAGGUAGACGGCCAAGACAAGGAGGUGAGGUCAGUUCAUGAUUCGGAGGAUGAUACAAGUUCAGUUUCCUCAACAAAAGAAAACGGUGGAAGCAGUGCGGAAGGAAAAGGAGUAAGUGCUGAUGCAACUUCAAAAGAUAAAAUACAGGAGGAAGUAGGAGCGAUAGACAAAGACAGUGAAUCUGUCGAAAGAAAGGAUGAAGUUGACGAGGAAGGAGAAAGUGAGCACAAAGUUCAAGAUGAAGGUGGGGAUGAAACUCGAAAUCCUAGCGAUAGUGAAGAUGAAAUGAAAAGUAGUGCUAAUGAUUCUAAAAGUGAAACCACCUCGCGAGAAGAACCAGCUGGGAGAGAAGGUGUUUCUGAUGAAGAUAAAAGUGAACAAGAGCCAGAAACUGAAAGCAAUGGAAUUACAGAUAGACAAGGAGAAACUCAAGAUUCGCAAGACAAUCCUAUUGAUGCAACUUUGAUAGACGAAAUGGUAGAAGAAAACGAGGAAAUUCUUUCCGAGGACAAUGUUAAUGAAAAGAAAGAAGACCAACCUGAUACGCAAGGAAUCUUCGCUAGCUUAAAAAAGUUCCUACCUGGCGGUGGAAGUACGGAAGAAGAAAAUACGAAAUCUAAAGAGGAAACCUCGGAUGAAAUUUUGGAUGUGAACAAGAUUAAAGUUCCCGAGAAAGUAGAGAAGGUUAACGCAGAAGGUGAUCAGGGGAAGGUGAAAGAUGAUACUCAGGAAAGGAGGAAAGAUAGUGAAAGUUCGGAGAAUGUAAAAGAAGAUCAAGCUGACUUGAAAUCUGAACAAGUCCAGGAAGGCGGUGAAACAAACGUGAAAGAGGCUUCUAUUGAAGAAGAGUCUGACAAAGAUGUUGAUGACGAUGACAAAGAGAUGGCGGAGGAACUUUUAGCAGAUAUUCUGGAGGACGAAUCUUUAAGCAUGGAAGAUGCUACCGAUUCAGAAACCAUUAUUUCUGAGACUACAGUCAAGCAAGAUAGUGAAAAUAGUGUGGAGUCUGGUUCAACUCACUUUCUAAAUAAUACUGAAGCAACUUUGCCUGUGGAAAAAACUCUUGAUAAAGAGCUUGAGGUCAAUGAUAGCACUUCGCAAGGAGGUGACGAUAUGAAGACUGGAAUCAAAGAGACUGAAACUGGAGUGGAAGAAACGAAAACUGGACUCGAAGGAACGGAAUCAGUUGAAGAAACGAGAAUAGAACCUGAUAUUGUUCCAUCUAAAACGUCUGCUAUUGGGUCAUCAGAAACGAGCACUACCGGACAUCGACCUUUUGAAAAGAAGUUUCCAAAAAUUGCUUCGAAGUGGAUGGAAAAUAAACUUAUGAAAGGAAAACGAAUGGCGGAGAAAGAUACAGAAGAAGGAACAUCGGACAUGAAUGGAAACGUGGAUUCUGAAAAGGUGGAUAAAGAGCAGCAUGCUGGAAAUAUGGAUGGAAGCCUGGGUUCUGGAGCGUCAGAUAAGGAAGAUCCGCAUUCUGGAACGUGUGCCAAAGAUGGUACUUGCGAAGGAACUAACACAUUUUCUUCCAGUACACACAGAUCUAUUUUAGAAAAUGACAAAGAUCACGACGAUGACGACAUUGUGGAACCUAGUCCUCCUGACGAGGAACCGGAAGUUAAAAGCGUUAAAGCACAGUUCCGGGAAAUACUAGCUGUUGCUGUGAAGAACUUCCGAGAAUAUCAUAAUCUCGCUGCUGAGUAUGGAUUGCAAAUGUUGAAGCCAGUCAAGAAUGUUGUCAAAUCGCUCGGAGAACAGAUGGGAUUAGGAGAGGUAAGUGUUGGUGGUGACACUAAACUGACUUUAUUUCUACUGGAUAACUCCAAUCUUUGUAGCAACUUGAUAAAAUAACAACAUUGUUACAGCUUGUUGACAAGCUUGCUACAAGCGUGUUGUGAACACAUCUUGUUGACAAGUUGGGAUUGCCUGUGAAACUUUUAUGUGUGUAUUUGGAAAAAACCUGCAAUGUUUCGUGCAGUCAAACUGCAUGCAAUAUUCUCGCAUGUAACUGAUGUGUACUUUACAUUUUUAUCAGAGUAUAGAUUACGUGGAACAAGAAAUGAAACAAGGUCCACAGGGUGUAAUUGCAGUGACGUUGAUUUUGAUUGCAUUUGCUGCUUACUUUAUGUUGAGUGUUUUGGUAAGUUACACUGAUCUUUGACUUCACUUUUUGAACUGCGAGUUCUCACUCCAGAUAUAUAUGGAAGUCACUGGAAUGGAAUUUGAUUAACGGUGACUUGUUCUCAGUGAGUUCCAUGUAUAUCUGGAGUGAGGACUCGAGUCCAAAAAGUGAAGCCAAAGAUGGUGGUAUUGGACGUCAGUUUCAGUCCCUUUCUAUUGUUUUUGUCUGCGUGGUCUGCAAAGAGGGUGCCGAAAUUUGUAUUUCGACUUCAAUUUACAGUAAAGAAUAAAACUAUGGUUUUAUUAACUGAUAACUUGAUUAGCGAUACGAUCCGUUAAAAAUUGGUAUUAGCUGGGGGGAAAUGGGAUUGAAACUGUUGACGACCUUCAGAGCUAUUGGACGUCAAUUGGCGCCAUCUUGGCUUCACUUAUGUCAUAGGCCGAAUGACUGAAGUUCUUGCUCUAGAUAUAUAGAGAGCUCACUGCUUGUGCCAACCUUUUCUCUGAUUAAAGUAUUCUCAUUUCUAGUGUGGGGGAAAAGUGCCACCUGCGUAUGGGCCUAAUCUAAAAGGUAUCGUCUUUCCUUCAUAGUUUACUCCGUCAAAUCUUGGAAAGGGUUUUAGAUAACAAUUACUAAUUUUGUUGUUCUGAUCAGAUAUUUUUAAGACGUACGAAGGGAGAAUCCGAAUCCUUGAAGAGGAAUGCUCGGGCUAUGAAGAAAAAAUUAACAACUUGAAAAACAAGGCUGAUGAGCAUGGAGAAAAUGUACGUAAUACAGUAAUUACUGUACAUACUGUACGCUAGAGAAUAACUGUAGCAGGGUUUUGUACAUGAAUGGAAAUUUCGGGUGUGAAAUUUUAUACAUUUUUAUACAAAACCCUUGUACAAUUAGUUGAUUUUCCGCUAGAGAAUAAUAAACUGUUAUUCCUGUUAUUGGCUAGCUUUCCUGACUGAAAAUUUGUUUAAAUGUUUUGUACAGAGCUCUGCACUUGAGAAACAGCUGGAUGAUGAAAAACAUGAGCGAAACAAAUCCGAUAAACAGAUUUCAAUUCUUAAGGUUUGUAUUUUGUGCGGAGCACAUCAAUGAAGAUAUGGUCUGGAAACUCUGCGAAAUUUCAUUAUUCUGAAAACUCUCACAAACUGCUCUGUUGUAUGUUUUUGUUCAUGAUUAUGCAAACUUGUGCAUGAUCGGAAGACAGUAUUUUUGGCAUAUAAUGAAGCAAUCAUACAAUGGCAUCAGCUCGUCGAGUCACUCAAUAGAUGAUUCCCCUUAUUACGUUUUCGUAGCGCUUUGCAAUGUGGUUAUAGUGGUAUCACUGAUAUUCAAGAUGGCUUAUUUUUUGUCCUGACCCGUGAAAGAACUUUUAAAAAAAGCUAGGGUCAGGUGCACGAUAGCCAACAACAAAAUAUUCGCGAAAACAUUCAAUAUUUUCAUUCGAGGCCGCUAUCUUUAUCAGUGAUACCACUGUAACCUCAAUGCAAAGCGCUACGAAAACGUAAUAAGGGGAAUCAUCUAUUGUACUGUUGAAAUAUAUAACUAACUGUGGAUGGUGAAGCUAUCCCAACAUAAAAUCGUGCCUCCGAACUUUGCCAAGAUUCUGGAUCAUAUCUUGACUACGAUGAGAGUUUCUUCUAUUUCUCCACUAUCACGUGCUUCUGUGACCUGCUUCUCUUGCAUGCAAUGCCAGCCUACUCUUCUAAUAAUCUUUUUUCACUUGAUCAGGAAAUUGUUCAAAAUUACAAGGAAAAAGUUGAGCUGUUGGAAGAGGAAUCAUCAAAAUUAAAACAAUCCUUAGACCAAAGGACCGAGCGUAUUAACACCAUGGAAGAACAGGUUUGGAAUUUUAAACAUUAAAAUUUAAAUUAAACGGUUUUGGGGCGAAGGAAAUUGUGAAGACUGGCUUAACCAAGUGAUGUUUUCCCAUUUUAGCUGUCUGAGAAAUCAAAUGAAAUAGAGACAACAGAAGAAAAAAUUAAUAAGGUGAGUAUACUUGCGUUAAAAAAAUAGUUAUAUUUUGCGUUAUUUUUCAUAGCUAAAUUUAGCAAUGAUUUUUCUUGAUUUUAAAAUGGUGAAAAUAACCUUUAGAGUUAGGUAUAAAAACAGCUAAAGAUGCGAGUUUAUAUAACUGAAGUGUUCAAAUUUGUUCGCCAGUCACAUUCAUCUGCAAACGUGAAGAAUGCGCAAUUCCUUAUGCCAUUUGCCUUGUUGUAGCUGGAAGAACAGUUGAAAGAAAAAGACGAAGAAAAAAGUGAAUUGAAUGGAAAAAUUGAUGAAUUUAAACAACAGUUGUCUAAAGCUGAAGACGACACAGACAGGGUAGGAAAAUACUAAAGAG